GUCAAUAAUCCCGAAUCCAGACUCUAUUUCCAUCCCUCUCUAUCUGUCAAUCAGCGCCGCCUUUGAACUGAAAACCACUCCGACCAACUUCAACUCACUCAAUCCGAGCGGCUCGGCUCCAUCUCCGGCUCCUUUUUCUGCCAAGAUUCCCACUCUUUUUAGUUUGUACAAACCGCCAGUCCUUGGAAAACGCUAAUACAGACCCUAAACUUUAGCUCGGAUCCGGGAUCACAAAGAUCAAGGGUUUAAAAACUUUGUGUUUUUGCCCCCCAAAAUUGCUCGGGAAAAUGCCGCAGCUGAACGGCGGUGGAGGGGACGAUCUGGGUGCGAACGAUGAAAUGAUCUCCUUCAAAGACGAAGGGGAACAGGAGGAGAAAAUUUCGGAGAACUCCUCGGCAGAAAGGGAUUUAGCAGAUGUCAAAUCUUCGCUUGUAAACGAAUCAGAAACGAAUCAAAACAGCUCGUCGGAUUCAGAGGCGGAAAGACGGCCUCCGCCUAGAUCUGAAACUUUCAGAGACAAAACCAGAGAAAGUUUAGAGGAGGCUGCGAAAAGGCAAGAUGGAGGUUUGUUCAAGAGCCCUCCGUACCCGGGUUAUCCAUUUAUAAUGAUCCCCGAUCUUACAAGUCCCUACCUUCCAAACGGAUCGCUUUCUCCAACAGCACGCACAUACCUGCAGAUGAAAUGGCCCUUACUAGAUGUUCAGACAGGAAGCCUUCAGAGCAGACAGGCCCUAAAAGAUGCCAGGUCUCCGUCUCCAGCACACAUCGUUGCCCCGCUCUGUUUGGAGUUCCCUGGACAGGCAGAUCUGAACCUUCACCAAUUUCAGUUGUCUAAUAAAGUCCCUGUGGUCCAGCACCCGCACCAUGUGCACCCUCUCACCCCCCUGAUCACCUACAGCAAUGAGCAUUUCACCCCUGGAAACCCCCCGCCGCACCUACAGACCGACGUGGACCCCAAGACAGGAAUCCCGAGACCUCCACAUCCUCCUGAUAUAUCUCCAUACUACCCCCUGUCGCCCGGAACCGUCGGCCAAAUCCCCCAUCCGCUAGGAUGGUUAGUACCACAGCAAGGUCAACCCGUCUACCCAAUCACAACGGGAGGAUUUAGACACCCCUACCCCACUGCCCUCACCGUUAACGCAUCCAUGUCAAGUUUUCUCGCCUCCAGGUUCCCCCCGCACAUGGUGCCCCCCCACCACAGUUUGCACACCACGGGAAUCCCCCACCCAGCCAUCGUCACCCCCAACGUCAAGCAGGAGUCCUCUCACAGUGACAUCGGCUCCCUCAACAGCUCGAAGCACCAGGACCAGAAGAAGGAGGAUGAAAAGAAGAAGCAGCCGCACAUAAAGAAGCCGCUCAACGCCUUCAUGCUCUACAUGAAGGAGAUGCGGGCAAAAGUCGUGGCAGAGUGCACACUCAAGGAGAGCGCAGCUAUCAAUCAAAUUCUGGGCCGGAGGUGGCAUGCACUAUCUAGAGAAGAGCAGGCAAAGUACUACGAGCUGGCCAGGAAAGAGCGACAACUGCACAUGCAGCUGUAUCCAGGCUGGUCAGCGCGAGACAACUAUUCGGGUACAAAACAGGGAAAGAAGAAGAAGCGAAAAAGGGAAAAGCAGCCAGGAGAUGGCGCAGAACACAGAGAGUAUUUUCCAAACCCUUGCCUUUCCCUCCCUCCGAUUACAGAUCUGAGCGCUCCUAAGAAGUGCCGAGCGCGCUUUGGCCUUGAUCAGCAGAAUAACUGGUGUGGUCCGUGCAGGAGAAAAAAAAAGUGUAUCCGCUACAUUCAAGGUGAGGGAAGCUGUGCCAGCCCUCCUUCUUCGGACGGAAGCUUGUUAGACUCCCCCCCCUCCUCCCCCUCUCUGAUCACCUCCCCCUCGAAAGACUCCAAAGCUCAGACUGAUCAGAUUCAGCCUCUCUCACUGACGAUGAAACCCGCGCCCCUCCCCUCCCACCUGUCCAUGCCCACAUCUUUAGUUCUGCUGGAAACGGCGGCGGCCGCGAGCAAGCCGGGCGCUGCCAACGGGCCGCUGGACCACCCCGACACCUCCCCCCGACAGGCGGGGUCCUCCGCACUCAGCAGGCCCUCCCCCAACCUGUGUCACCCCCACUCUCUGCUCCCACAGCCCCUCUCGCUCGUAACCAAGUCUAUAGAAUAGCUCGCCUCUCCAGCUCCGCUAGGCUCUGCUGUCUUUUA